GAGUAAUAAAUGAGAUAUUUAUUAAGGAGUAUUUAACUGACACAGCUAAUCAACACAUAAACACCUAAAACUGUUAAUUUUUCAGAUGUUGAGCUGAAACUUGGUGUGGUAGUAGCUGAGAGUCAUCCCCAGAAAACAGUAAAUUAUUUUAAAAACAUUCAAGCACAUGAGCUCAAGUUUGGCACAAAAGGCGGCGGGCGAAUGAGGAGAGCUUAAAACAUGGAACACGUUUUCCAGCAGUCAGACCUUAAAUGGCAUCGAUUUUUUUCCAAUUAUGGUAAAUAAAUAAAUACAAAUAAAUAAAUAAAAUAGAGAUUUAAAAAUUAGGUCAUGCACAAAUUUACGCGUAGCUGCGUCCGUGACGGAGCAGACAUGAACGGUGUUCAACCAGUUUCUGGCAGUCUGGUUCUUGUGGGACUCCUCCUCCUCCUCCUCCUCCUCCUCCUCCUCCUCCUCCUUUUAUCUCUUUCGGAGCUCCGUCCAUCAUCCCAGUCAUGGGAAUCCAAGGCUCUUCCAUCUAGACGGGAAGCCUCACCUCACCGAGACAAGACGGGGGGCACAAUGAGUGAAGAGCCAGUGGUUUCUCCAGGCUGGUUGAGCCCUGACCCCACAGCGUGGGGCACCGGAGGCGGGGGACUGGUGGACAACAGCACCAGCACGGAGACGUUUCCGACAGAGGACACCCUCCCGCCCAGCCAGCUGCCUCUGCUGGUCAACCCCUGGGACGUUGUGCUGUGCUCCUCUGGAACUCUGAUCGCCUGCGAGAACGCCCUGGUGGUUCUGGUGAUCUGGCAGAACCCGGCMCUCAGAGCGCCCAUGUUCCUGCUGAUUGGCAGCCUGGCUCUGGCAGACCUGCUGGCCGGCCUGGGCCUCGUCCUUCACUUCACCUGUGCCUAUUUCCUCCAGUCGGACUCGGCUCAGCUGCUGACUGUGGGCUUGGUGGUGGCCUCCUUCUCGGCCUCUGUCUUCAGCCUGCUGGCCAUCACCAUUGACCGGUACCUGUCGCUGUACUACGCCCUCACCUACAACUCGGAGCGGACGGCRGCCUUCACCUACACCAUGCUGGUGCUGCUGUGGGGUCUGUCCCUGUGCCUGGGCCUGCUGCCGGUCACGGGGGUCAACUGCCUGGCAGAGGAGGCCACGUGCAGCGUGGUGCGACCGCUGACCAAGAACAACGUAGCCGUGCUGUCCGUCUCCUUCCUGCUCCUUUUUGGACUCAUGCUGCAACUUUACGUCCAGAUCUGCAAGAUCGUGAUGCGCCACGCCCACCAGAUCGCCCUCCAGCACCACUUCCUGGCUGCCACGCCCCACUACGUCACGACGCGCAAGGGCGUAUCGACCCUGGCCAUCAUCCUGGGCACCUUYGCCGCCUGCUGGAUGCCCUUCACCGUCUACUCCCUCGUCGCGGACUACACCUACCCGCCGCUCUACACGUACGCCACGCUGGUGCCCGCCACCUACAACUCCGUCAUCAACCCCGUCAUCUACGCCUUCAGGAACCAGGAGAUCCAGAAGGCGCUGUGGAUGGUGUGCUGCGGCUGCGUGCCGCCCUGCGUGGUCCAGCGGGCGCGGACUCCGAGCGACGUCUGACCGAGCGGACCCGGGUGUGGGGAAAGAAGAGGCAGCCUGGGGUCAGCUCUGCUCCUCGCUGGACCCGUCCAGUGUCGAAGAGCAGGGGGGAGUCUGCGGGGGGCAGUGGAGACGCCACCGGCAGCAGCAGUUUGGGUUUUUACCCACAUGAUGGUUGGAUGGUGUUAUUUCCUUUUUGUUGGAGCAAGGUGUCUCCCUGUCUUCUCCCAGUAAGUGGGCAGCAUCCCACCCACUUUCUCCUCACUUCUGCAGAGAGCUCCGAGUGCGUCACAYGUCGCAGGCAGCAGCCGCGUAUAACCAUCUGUAGCUCCGGUUGUUCUCGUCCUGAUAAAAGCGGAGAAAUCGUUACUUUUUGCAUGUCAGSAUUGAGCUGUGCAGGGGGAGGCCGAGUGUGAAGGUUGUUUUUYUUUUCAGAGUGAAGCCCGUCUGGAGCAGCGUCCCAGCGCUCUGCCGCCGCCGCCGCGCUCUGAACGUGUGUCGAAAGCUGAACAGCCGCGGRGAGCUAAAAAUAGAGCCGAUGCUCUCUGAUCCGCUCCACAGAUGCCAGGGAGGAAAUCUAGCUCCCUUUCUCCUCGCCUCGCCCAUCUGCCCCCACAACAUUCUUUCCUCCCGAUUUUGCUUUAGACUGUGGUUGUUUAAAGUUCCAAACGACCCCCACCAUUAACACCCCCUGCAUUUUGUUAACAUGGAAGCACCAAACCRCACAGAGGCCUAUCUGAUGAUGUAAUCUUACAUUAGAUCCUACUUUAUUUGCUCUUUGCAAAUWGUUUUUGWUUACUUUUGGAUAAAAUCCUGAAAGGUGAUUGAAGAUCCAGUUAACUCCUGGGAUGAAAUUAAAGGAGCAGGUAGUGUUCUAUAAAGAGGUUUUAAACAAUCAACAUCUUACCUGUUGUAGAUGGCUUUCAGAAUUGAUUUCUAACACUGAUGAGCUAACUGCUAGUCUGAGGGGGGCAAAAAGUGGAUUGCCGUUGACUUAAAAGAACUCUAAUGUCAAAAAAUAUUUGGCCAUUUACACAAAUGUUUAUUUAUUUAUUURUAAACCUUUACACCAUCAGCAACACAUUACAUGAUUACAGUAGWAACAUGAUACAAUUAUCUGCUGCUGCUGUUUGCACUUGCAGAAAACCAAAUUCUGGAUUUUUAUUAUUAUUUYCCAUACCUGGAAAAUAAUAAAAUAAAAUCAAUACUUUACAAGAUUGAACAACCUUAAUUUUGUGUAAAAAUUACAGCACUCUAGAUGUUUCUGAAAUUGUAUUAGCAUGAACUGUUAUGGAAUUUUUUGUCACUCGUAUCAUUUUAAAAUGAAAGUAAUCCACUCUAGUUAUUGGUACAGACAAUAAAUUAAACUCUGUUUCUCCUAAUUGGGUCAUUAAAAGUUAUCUACAACAGGUAAGAUAUUUACUGUURCMUCUUAAAAACAUCUGAGCUGUCCCUUUSAAACAGUGUGUGAAUUUUCWGAAAAAAUAUUCCAAUUAUUUUAAAUUUAGAURAAAGUAUGGGCUUUCRUUUGCAUCUAAUUAGCAUUAAUGCUAAUUUUCCUCCUGAGAUCAUAGUGGUAGUUCACAGAGGCUGCUGUAGGCGAUGUGCCAUGGUUUCCUGGUGUCAUCAUGACCCCAAUAAUUUUGUUUAUAGAAAGUAACUCCCAUGUGCUGCAUUAAUAAGAGCUACAGUUAUCACUCUGAGAAGCUCCACGCUUCUUCUUUUAGAAAUGUAUUUUUUUUUAGUAUGAUAUGUGCUGUGUCAUAUCACUUCCAAGCUGCUCUGAGUCACRGUCUCCAAUGUUUUUGGUCUCCACAAACAGAUUAUUUCUCUCUCCGAGUGUCAUGUCAGCAAUAMCUAGCCUACAAAACGGUGGUUAUUUAUCAGAUGCGAAGCAAUACUCCGACAGCAAUAACAUCCACGUCUCGCCUCGUUUUCUCCCAGCAGAGUAAAGCACCGUGACAUCUGUUCGGGCUGGAGGCGUGUUAAGAGAGAACAACGCUGAAGUGGUGCUUUAGCGAUGGGAGGCGAGAUCAAACGAUUCCUUCACAACUGCCUCAUCUCACCACAAAAACCUGAUGAGUUUUCCUUUGUUCCGUYGUCUCGAGCGUCCAAGCCGUCCCGUGUGCUGUGAUCUCAAACCAAGAGCGUGUGGUUUUGGGACUGUUUUCAUGUGUUCAUUGUGAGCUGCAUGGCCUGUGAGUGUGUGUUAUGUGCAAACUAUAAUCUGUCUCCUUGUGWUGGAUUGUUGCGUCCUGUUUUGACACCCUCUGACCUUAGACGCCAACGUUGUCAGUCUUCCUGUCGAUUCUGAGAGAMGUGGCCUCGGUACGUGUUUGUGGAGCUUCUUGGAUUGGGGUGGGACCAGCGACUCAAGCCAAAGUAAAAAAAAAAAAAAGACUGCGAACGAACUGCAAUCUUAGUCCUGCCGUCUAUUUACUCUCUUCUGUGUCACCGAUAAUAAACUUUAAGUGGAUGAGGCAGGCGUCCGUUAAGUGACCUCUGAAUGAUCCUACGAGCUAAAAAAAACGGCUACUUCCAAAUACAAAGAUGAUGCUUCUUUGUUUGUUUUUCCUUCUCUCCCUGCUGCCUCCUGUCUCACCAACUCGUCUGUGGAGCUCUCGUGUUUUCAUCUUCGUGGCCUCGGAUCAGGUGCAGAAUAUUUUCUAAGAUCGUAAGCAUUCCUAAGCAUGACGACGUAGCCUGUGAACCUGUGCACCRUGUCAGACUAGUAUUUUUAUGAGCACCAAAACGUCAGUCUGUUAUUCUUUUACUUUUGAAGGAAAGUCUAUUUUGUUAUAGUAAGUGAAUAGCUCUAUCCCCCCAACACACUUUAAAGUGCCUGUGACAUCAAAUGUUUGUAAUACAURUGAAUGCAUUUUUGAAAAGAUGUCAUUGAAAA